AUGCUCGUCAAGACUCUCCUCGCCACUCUCUCGGCUGCCAGCGCCGUCUUUGCUGCCACUCCCCUCGAGAGCGGCAACUGGGUGUCCGUCAGCCCUGGCUACCAGACCCAGACUUGUGCCGGUGGCACCGUCAGUGGCAGCACUUUCUCUAUCCCCGCGAAGCCCAACGGAAACACCAGCGGCUCUGGCUGCUCCAACGGCCACCUGCGUGCCGAGCGUCGCUACACCAACGACUACACCACCGGUGUCCACCAGUUCGCCGGAACCUUCAAGAUCAACUCCCUGGGCGGCAGCCGCAUCGCCAUCAAGCAGACCUUCAACGGAGACUCUGGCCCAUACUUCAUCCUGGCUGUCGACACUGGCGGCCGUCUCUACAGCGUCGAGGGCGGUGCUACUCUGGCUACCAACGUUGCCAACGUCGGCCAGAGCGUUACCAUCAACACUGUCCACAAUGCCGAUAUCCACAGCUACCGCGUCUAUGUUAACGGCGCCUUGGCUUUCCGUGAUGACAAUGCUCCUAGCGGCGGCUUCUAUGACAAGUUCGGUGCUUAUACCACUGACAGCGGUGUUGGCCCCAUGAGCAUCACUUGGUCUGAUGUUGCUUUCUGGACUCGCCAGUAAAGAAUUCAUGAGGAAUGAGUUGCUGUGGAGGGGUGUUGGUUAAAGGAGAGGAAUUUCGAUGUAUAUUUGUUGGGGGACUUGUAUAUGCCCUUCUGAUUUGAGCAGAAUGAUGUCUAUAGCUCUACAUGUUUAUUCUGUAUAUAAGCAUUUUCAUGAUUUAGCAAUGAUGAAGCAUUCUCUGU